AAAAUAAAAUAACUGGUGAAACAAUGGGCGUGGCAAAAUGAGUAAAUGCACAAGAAACAGCGGUAGAGAUCAACACAGAUCAAAAACUUCUUCAAGCACCUCGUUCCAAUCGCAAUCAAUCCCAUCGAUCCAUUGAUCUACCUCUCGCCGGCGAGGUGAUUAAACUUCGGGCCGCCGCUCCGUUUUCCAAAAUAUCGAAAUUGCGGGAAGAGAUUAGGUUGAUUUGAAUGCCUUGGGAAACUUUCAGAUAAUUCUGCCAACAGCUUUAGGGCAAUCGCAGGAAGCUAGAGGGAAAAGCCGCAAUUGAUCGAGUUCAAGGUGGGCUCAGAAUGGACGGCAUAAUGAGCAAGCUGAGGAGCUUAGAUGCGUACCCGAAAAUCAAUGAGGAUUUCUACAGUCGUACCCUUUCCGGCGGCCUUAUCACCAUCGCCUCAUCUGUUCUCAUGCUUCUCCUCUUCAUAACCGAGCUUCGAUUGUAUUUGCAUGCUGUCACCGAGACAAAGCUCAUGGUCGAUACUUCAAGAGGAGAAACUCUCCGUAUCAAUUUUGAUGUCACUUUUCCUGCCCUGCCAUGCUCUAUUCUAAGUCUUGAUGCCAUGGACAUAAGUGGAGAGCAACAUCUUGAUGUGAAACAUGACGUUAUUAAGAAGAGACUUGACUCUCGCGGCAAUGUAAUAGAAGCACGUCCGGAUGGAAUUGGUGCUCCUAAGAUUGAAAAACCUUUGCAGAAGCAUGGUGGGAGGCUUGAGCACAACGAAACUUAUUGUGGUUCAUGCUUUGGUGCUGAAGAGUCAGACGACCAUUGCUGUAAUAACUGUGAGGAUGUUCGUGAAGCAUAUCGAAAGAAGGGCUGGGCGCUGUCAAAUCCAGAUUUGGUUGACCAGUGUAAAAGAGAAGGUUUUCUUCAGAGAAUAAAAGAGGAAGAAGGUGAAGGAUGCAAUGUGUAUGGAUUUCUGGAGGUUAAUAAGGUGGCUGGUAAUUUCCAUUUCGCACCAGGGAAGAGUUUUCAACAAUCAGGAGUUCAUGUUCAUGAUCUCAUGGCAUUUCAGAAAGACACUUUCAAUGUUAGUCACCAUAUCAAUAGGCUUAGUUUUGGAGAAUAUUUUCCUGGGGUUGUGAAUCCUCUUGAUGGUGUACACUGGAAUCAAGAAUCCCCAAGUGGGAUGUACCAGUAUUUCAUCAAGGUCGUACCUACUGUAUACACUGAUGUCGGUGGCCACACUAUCCAAUCCAAUCAGUUUUCUGUAACUGAGCAUUUUAGGAGUGCAGAAGCUGGUCUUCUUCAGUCCCUCCCUGGAGUGUUCUUCUUCUAUGAUCUAUCUCCAAUUAAGGUUACAUUCAUGGAGGAGCACGUCUCAUUCUUGCAUUUCUUAACCAAUGUUUGCGCUAUAGUUGGAGGGGUUUUCACGGUUUCUGGGAUAUUGGAUUCAUUUAUCUACCACAGUCAAAAGGCAAUCAAGAAGAAGAUGGAUCUUGGUAAAUUUAGCUGAUAGCAUCAUCGUUGUCUUAGUGAUGCGCGCUGAAUGGUGUUCCGUGGGUUCUUCGCCUAUGCCAGCAAUUGCCUAAUCUGGGGAGAAAAGUUUCUGAGGGUUGAGAAAAAGCUCCAAAUUGAAAUGAAGUGCUGCUGGGGAUUGUUUGGAACAGAUCCAAGUGUAAUUGUGUAUUUAUUUUAUUCUGUUCAGCUGUUCGAUUCAUACUUUGAGAGAGAUGGCGACGGACUGAAAUGCCUCCAUAGUUUUUCCGUUACAGUUUUGUUUGUAUGACAGUAAUAGACACAGAGAAAAGGCAGGGGUAUAGCAGUUCACUCCACUAAUUGACGAUGGAUGCGUGCUUCAUUUACUUGAGCAAAAAGCAAGUUGGAAACAAUUUCCAUGGCGAGGAUAAGAAAUUGAAAUGUCUGGUAGACAUUGGCAUCACUCUUUUGCAGGGCACUUGAC